UCUCGUCUGCAGGAAGGGGCGCUCUGAACACUGAUGAGUGUGUGAGAAAAAGAGAAAAUAAAGAUCAACUCUGCGCUCUGUUCUCUUACUUGGGAUACACACAUGGACACACACACACACACACACACACACACACACACAUACAUACACACACACACAUCUUAGCAUGCUGGAGCCUGGAGGGUCUCAAGUCAAUGAUUUUGUAGCCUCAUUUUUAUUCUCUCUCUCAACAUUCUUUGGACACACACGUGGCUGGAUGUGUAAGAGCUCACACACACACCUCACUGAUGAACAGACUGUGUGGAAGCUGGAGUAGUGCAUCCAGAAAUGUCCACGGAUGACUUCAUAUCUGUGGCUAUGAGAAUUCUGGACGAUCCAUAAUCUCACAUUUCUUAUCAAUCUGAGGACAAGGUUAAAUCUUUCUGAGUUGCCAUGAUACACCUAUACCACACUACGAACCCCGUCAAGAAGCCCGCUGGAGCCCGUGCUGAGGAAAUUAUCUGGCCUGAACAGUGGUGAUAGGGAGACGCAGAGCGAGGACGGGGGCCGCCGCCGCCGCCGCAAGGUGAAAGGAAAAAAGAUAGAAAGGAAAGGGGAAGGCGCCAAUGACAUCAUGCCCUCGUCCACUAUGCAGAUCUUCGCCUUCAUCCUGGCGCUGCUCGGGGUUCUGGGUGCCACCAUGGCCACGUUGCUGCCCAACUGGAAAGUGAGCAUCUCCAUGGGCUCCAACAUCAUGACGGCAAUCUCGCAGAUGCAGGGCCUCUGGAUGGACUGCACUUGGUACAGCACGGGUAUCUUCAGCUGCACGCUCAAGUACUCCGUAUUGGCGCUGCCUGCUUACCUUCAGACCGCCCGCACCACCAUGGUCCUCUCCUGCCUGUUGGCGACGCUCGGGCUCUGGCUGGCAGCCCUGGGGCUUAAAUGCACUCACUGGGGUGGUAGUCAAAGCUCCAAGGUACAAACUGCGAUUGCUGCGGGAACAUGCUUUGUCCUUGCAGGCUUCCUGUGUCUUGUGCCUGCAUCCUGGUUCACCAAUGAGGUCAUCACCACCUUUAAGGACUCCAAAGUACCCCAGAGUGGAAAGUACGAGCCGGGAGGUGCCGUUUACGUGGCGUUUGUAUCGGCCGGGUUUUUCUUAGCCGGAGGUGUCAUUUUUUGUCUGUCAUGCCCCAGAAAAAGGGAUGGCGCCACAAAUUGCGGGUUAUCCAACCCUGACAAGUUAAUAACGCAGGAGCAGCAGAAAAAGGAGCAUAGAGAACAACAGAGCCAGACUGAGCCACCGGAGCCGGAGCUGAAACACAAAGAGAACCCGGUGCAGGAGAAACUCCAGCUGGAAAAGCAGCAGCAGCAGCAGCAGCAGCAGCAGCAGUACUACUCCCCAUCUCGCAAGCGACCUCAGGACACCAAGGCCCUCUAUAGCCUGCAGGACUACGUCUAAAACCCAGAACCCAGUCUCAGGGAACAAGGCUCAGGAUUUACACUCGGCUGUCAGAAGCGAUGAGAGCAGGAAAGAGGGAGGAGUGAUGACGCCAUCUACGCUUCUCUCCCCCUUUCGUCAGUUCUUUCAUGUACUGGGACCGUAAGCGUAAGUGGAGGUGUUUCCAGAACCUAAGCAAGAACUGUGUAUCCUCAGGUGAAACCCACGCUGCCGCAAUGAACAUUAAAAAGGAGG